GGGACAGGCCACACAGCAGUGAGAAGGGCCGGCUCCUGCCUCCUUGGACCGAUCACUCAGCAUGUCGCAAGGAUUUCUUCUGAAGGCCGCCUUCCUCUUUUCUCUAGUUCCAGUAAAUUCUAUAAAAGAACUCCCUGGAGUAAGGGAGUAUGAAGUGGUUUAUCCCAGAAGACUUCAUCCACUACAUAAAAGGGAGGUCAAGGAGUCAGAUAAACAGGAACAAUAUGAAACUGAAUUGAAGUAUAAAAUGACAGUUAAUGGAAAAAUUAUGGUGAUUUAUUUGAAAAAAAGCAAGGAUCUCCUUGCACCAGGCUACACAGAAACGCUUUAUAAUUCCACUGGAAAGGAGGUCACCACAAGCCCACAGAUCAUGGAUGACUGUUAUUACCAAGGACACAUCAUGAAUGAAAACGUUUCUGAUGCUAGUAUCACCGCAUGCGCGGGUCUAAGGGGCUACUUCAGUCAGGGGGACCAGAGGUACUUCAUUGAACCUUUAAGCGCCACUCAUCAGGAUGAACAGAAACAUGCACUCUACAAGUAUGAGCCCUAUGCAAAGACUAACAGCUCCUGCGGGAUGGAUGACGUGUUAUGGGCACAUGCAUUUCCGCAGAAUGUGGCCUCACCUGCCACCAGUCUGGACAAAUCGAAAGACCAGAAGGCUUGGGAACGUGAGAAAUACAUAGAAUAUUAUUUGGUCCUGGAUAAUAGUGUGUUUAAAAAGUAUAAUCAAGAUACAGAAGAAAUAAGAAAGAGGGUUUUUGAAAUGGUCAAUUACAUCAACAUGCUUUAUAAGAAACUCAAUACUCACGUGGCCUUAGUUGGGAUGGAAAUCUGGAAUGACAAGGAUAAAAUAGAGAUAAUCCCAAAAGCAAGCUUUACCUUGGAGAAUUUUUCUGGCUGGAAGGGCGGUGUCCUCCUAAGAAGAAAACAUCAUGAUGUUGCUCAGUUACUCACAGCAACAGAAUUUUCUGGAACAACUGUGGGCCUUGCUUACAUGUCUACAAUGUGCACCCCUUAUCAUUCUGUUGGCAUUGUUCAGGACCACAGUGAGAAUGCGAUCAGAGUUGCAUCAGUAAUGGCCCAUGAGAUGGGCCAUAACUGCGGAAUGUCUCACGACUCCGAAUUUUGCAGCUGCUCCUCUUCAGAAUGUGUGAUGGACAGAGCGAUGAGCUUCUACAUACCUACGGACUUCAGUUCCUGCAGCCGCGCCGACUAUGCCAAGUUCCUUGAAGAUAAAUUAUCAAAUUGCCUCUUCAAUGUUCCAUUGGCUGCAGCUAUCAUGUCCCCCCCAAUCUGUGGGAACCAGCUGGUAGACAUGGGAGAGGAGUGUGACUGUGGGACUCCCGAGGAAUGUACCAACAUUUGCUGUGAUGCUGAAACAUGCAAAAUCAAAGCAAAUUCUCAGUGUGCGUUAGGAGAAUGCUGUGAAAAAUGCCAGUUUAAACGGGCUGGUAAGGUGUGCAGGCCAGCCAAAGAUGAGUGUGACCUGACAGAAAUGUGUGAUGGCAAAUCCGGUACUUGCCCUGAGGAUAGAUUCCAAGUCAAUGGCUUACCCUGCCAAAAUGGGAGGGGCUACUGCUUCAUGGGGCUGUGCCCUACGCUGCAGGGGCAGUGCACGGAGCUGUGGGGACCAGGAACCAAAGUUGCAAAUAAGUCGUGUUACAGGACAAAUGAAGGCGGGUCAGCGUAUGGGUACUGUCACAAAGUGAACAACACAGCCAUUCCCUGUAAAGCAAAGGAUGCCAUGUGCGGGAAGCUGUUCUGUCAAGGUGGAUCAGAUAGUAUGUUCUGGAAAGGAAAUGUAGUGACUUUCCUGGCCUGUAAAGCAUUUGAUCCUGAAGACAGCAAUCAAGAAAUAGGCAUGGUAGCCAAAGGAACUAAAUGUGGAAACAUGAAAGUUUGCAUUAAUGCAGAAUGUGUGGAUAUUGAAAGAGCCUACAAAACAAGCAAUUGCUCUUAUAAGUGCAAAGGACACUCUGUGUGUGACCACAAGCUCCAGUGCCAGUGUAAAGAAGGCUGGGCCCCUCCUGGAUGUGAUGACUCCUCCGCGGUCUUCCACUUCUCCAUCGUGGUUGGGGUGCUCUUCCCCAUGGCCAUCGUCCUCGUAGUGGUCGCCAUAGUGAGCCGACAUCAAAGCACCAGAGGAAAGCAGAAGACAGCCCAGAGGCCACUGUCUCCUCCCGGCGUCAGGCCACACAAACAGAAGAGGGAACCACAGUCAGUGAAGGCCGUUCAACCCCAGGAGAUGAAUCAGAUGAAUCUUCCUGCAUCUGAUCUGCCAGUAGAGAGCAGUGAGCCUCCAGAUUCUUUUCUAAAUACAAAGCCAGAUUUUCCACCACCACCGAUUCCUACGUUUGUAUCAUCUUCCUCUUUCCUUCAUAAAGACACAAAUGCUCUUCCCUCGACUGUUUUUAUGGAUAAGCCCACGUCUGCCCCAGAGGGCUUCAACCCAAAUGUCUGAAGCAAUGGCUAAGCAAGGAUUGAUGGGUAAACGACCAGCUUGGAAGAUUGGACAAUCUGGAUGGAUGAGAAAUACACUUACUUUCUCACUAUUAUUUGCUCUUGAUACCUAAGGAGGAUAACAUUUUUUGAUUCAUGUUAUACUUUGAAGAAAUUAAACAUAAUUUUCCAGGAGAGACGUACUUUUGAGAAUCUAUGAACUUAAAUUUUCUAUUCUCCAUACUCAUGGGAAGGAAGAUGAUUCUAAAGAAACAGCUAUGAAACUGAAAUCCCUAAUUAGAUGAUUUUCCUAGCCAUGCCCCCCUUCUUUUUUUUACUGUAAUGGUGACAAAUGUUUGUUCAAAUGUUGUGAACACCUUGAUUUUUUUUUUUAUUUUCAUAGGAAUUAAUUUACCCUCUAAUGAAAACAAAAAUAAGAAGUCACAGGAAACGGAGGGAUGGGAAAAAAUUUUACAUUCAUUAUUAGAUGACUAGCACCAUCUUGGUUGUUCUAACCAUUAACCUGUCAAAUUAGAACCCUCAGUUAAGGAGAAAAUUAUAUAAACGUUCUCUGAUAUACAUAUCACUUUCCUACAUUAUUGUCCAUGAUCCUUGUGCCAUUUAGUAUUUGAAUAAAACUUUUGCUAAUUAUAAUUUUUUUCAUAGAAAUCUGUAUAAUUCAGUUACUGGCAAAGUUAAAGUGAAUUUCGCUUUCUAAGUAGAGAAAGUUUUAGCUGAAUUAAUUAUAACAUAAACCAGAGAUUGUUGACUGGUGGCCUGCAGAACAUUACUGGACUGCAGAUUUAUUUUACUUGGCCUGAAUGAUUUUGGCCACAAAGUAUUUUUAAAUGUUUUGAAUUUAUUGCCAAUAUUUAAAAAUUGGGACAUCUUGCAUAAACAUCCAGAUUUCCAGCUUUUUUAAAGUAAUCAAAUGGUUUGUCAACCCUAGAAUCACAUUGCUCAUAGCAACCAUCAGCUUAGUUGACUGGUAAUGGAGCAAACAUUUUUGGUUGCCUACCAAAAAAACCCCCACAUUCUUUCUUGCUUUCAGAACCCCAGUUUUGUUCAGCUGUCCAUAUUUUAGAAAAGACAAUCCUAACUCUACCUCACAGAUAAAUCUCAAUCACCCUAAAUCAAUCAAAAUAAUCCCAUUUCCCUUACCAGUAGUUAUUUUGGAGCUAAGUUUAUAACAACCCCCAACUCUUUGGGGUUUUUUUUUGCCAAAGAGGUAACAGAGGAUAUAUAUUGGGGAAUUUCUAGGAAAGAUAGAUAACCUUGUCCUUUAUCAGGAUGUUGGCAUCUGGAUAUUCUAUCUGGUAUUGUUGCAGCCAUGCUGUAAAUCUGAGGGCAAGACUGAUGGACUGAAUAAGAUAGAGUAGAAAGAUAGAAAGAAUAAAAAUUGUUCUUUUAAUGAAAUCAUUGAUAUGUGGUAGACUGAUAACUGCUGGAGUCCCCUCACAUUUUUUUGAGACUUCUUAUUGUAUGAUCAAUAAAAUUUUCUUACUAUUGAAGCUAUUUUGAGUUAGGUUUUCUCUUUACUUGCAACAAAAAAUGUCAUCCUAACAAGUAAAGUAGAUGGCUUCAUUCUUAGGGCACUGGCAUUCCGUGCCAUUAUUAUCAAUAUGUUUUUUAUACCUGCCCCAUUUUUAGCACCUAGCCUCUUUAAGUCUUCCUUUCCACCAGGGACUUGCCCACAAGAAGUUCAUCAGCCUUUGCAGUGUGAGUUUCUAGAUAAUUCACUCUACCCUUUAAAGUAAAGCUCAA